AUGGAAAAUAAAAACCAAGACAUUGAUCACUUGAGACAAGAAAAAGAGGGUCUGCAGGAGAGAAUUUCCAAGUUGGAGAAGACAUUAGUUGAGCAAGAGGAGGAGUCAUUUACUCUCCAAAAGCAAGUUGAGGAUGUCGGGAAUAAAGCGUCUGCUCAAAUUAUGGCCUUAACGACGCAGGUUAACAAUCUGCAACAGGAAUUGGAUUUCACUCACUCCGUGAAAAGCCAAUUGGUGUUGCAGAUUGAGAGAGAAUGCAAGGCAAACCUUGAAGUCGCUGAAAGGAAGAUUGAAGAAAUGGAAGAAGAGUUGCAAAAAAGUAUUGAAUCGAAACAUAAGAAAGUUGAUGAAUUGGAAGAAACAAUCGAAGACUUGAAAACAUAUCUGGAAAUAAAAGAAGAUGAAGUGGGCUUGCUGAUUGAGAAUCUCAGCACGAUUGAGGAAGACUACGGGCACUUUGAGAGCCGUGUUUAUGAAAUCCUGAACGAGUUUCAAGUUGCAAAGAACAUAGUCAAUGAGACAAAUACCAAGAAACAACAACUAAAGAAUGAGCUCAGUGUCCUGAUCGAGCAACUGGGAGAUAAGAAAUAA